AUGUUCCAUGGAUUGCCAAGUGAAGACCCCAUUGACCACCUUGAUGAGUUUGAUAGGCUUUGUGAUUUGACAAAGAUCAAUGGUGUCUCUGAAGAUGCCAUCAAGCUGAGACUCUUUCCUAUGUCUCUAGCUGACAAAGCUCACCAAUGGGAGAAGAGCUUGCCCCAUGGCACAAUCACCACUUGGGAUGAAUGCAAGAAGGCCUUUCUUGCUAAGUUUUUCUCCACCGGUCGCACAGCCAAGCUUAGAGGAGAGAUAUCCAGCUUCAUCCAGCGAAACAAUGAGACAUUCGCAGAGGCUUGGGAGAGGUUCAAAGGCUACACAAGUCAGUGCCCACACCAUGGAUUCAACAAUGAAUCACUACUCUCCACUCUUUAUAGAGGAUGCUUGCCUAGGUAUAGGGAGAUGCUAGACACAGCUAGCAAUGGGAACUUCCUCAACCAGGAUGUAGAUGAUGGCUGGCAACUUGUGGAGAACAUAGCUAACUCAAAUGGAAGCUAUGGAGAAGAGUAUGAUCGCACCAACCGGAGCUCGACCCACCACUCGAUCGAGUCAGACGAAAAGUUGAGAAAAGAUGUUAAGGCAUUGAAUGAGAAGUUGGAUAAGCUGAUCCUAGCUCAGUCCACAAUGAAGAAAGUCAACUUUGUGUCUGCUGAGGAGAUGGAACCAGUCCAAGAAGGGGAGGAUACACAAUUUGCUGAGGUGUGCUACAUGAGCAAUGGGCAAGGAGGUUACAACAAAGGAUACUAUAAUUACAAGUCCAACCCUGCCAUGUCAUACCGCAACACUGAUGUUGCUAACCCUCAGGACCAAGUAUAUCCUCAACAACAAGCAGCUCGAUCGAGUCAGGUGCCACAACAUGGGUAUGGUCAAAAGAACAAUUACCAAGGACCACAAGGCACUUUCCCUGGACAACAAAUGAAUAUCCCACCAGGCUUCCCCCACCAACCACCCCAGCCUGCACCUUCACAAGAGAAUGAGCUCAAGGCAAUGCUAAAGCAACUGCUUCAAGGGCAAGCUGAUGGGGUAGUGGACACAAGCAAGAAGCUAGCUGAAAUAAACUCUAAGAUCGAGAAUCUCAACACAAGGGUUUACUCUCUGGAGAAUCAUGCUUCUUCUGUUGCUGCUGCUACAAAGCAAGGACAACUACCUGGUAAAGCAAUUCAGAACCCCAA